AUGAAGGCAGACGAGCUCAAGGCGAUCACGCCCGACCUGGGCAAGGAUUUCAAGACCAUCGAGCCGCAUUUGAUCGCCCUCGACAAGCACCUGAUCCUGCGAACCUACCUCGACGGCUACCAGCUCGGCGAUAACGACAAGGCCAUCUGGACUGCCCUGCGCACAAACCGUGCGGGUGCUUCCUACAUCCUCAAGGGGUCCCUCCCCAACCUGCUCCGUUGGUACGCCUUUGUCGACGCCACACACCCCGAGAUCCAGGAGUCUAUCAAGGCCGACGAGGCCGAGAAGAGGAAGAAGACUGCUGCUGCCAGUAAGGCUGGAGGCAACUUCAACCUCGCCCUUCAGGACACCGCCAACGGCGUCGUCACCAGGUUCCUGCCCGAGCCGUCAGGUUACCUGCACAUCGGACACGCCAAAGCCGCCCUUCUCGCCGACUACUUUGGCCAUGUCGCCUACCAAGGAAAGCUGCGCCUGCGUCUCGACGACACCAACCCCUCCAAGGAGAAGGGGGAGUACCAGGAUGCCAUCAUCGAGGACCUCGCCCUGAUGGGCAUCACCCCCGACCACCUCUCCUACACAUCCGACUACUUCCAGUACCUCUUCGAUAUGUGCAAGAGGCUCAUCUCCGAGGGCCACGCAUACGCCGACGACACGGGCACCGAGCAGAUGCGAGACGAGCGGUGGAAGGGCAUCCCCUCCAAGCACCGGGACAUGCCCAUCGAGGAGACGCUGCGCAUCUUCGACGAGAUGUACAAGGGGUCCGAGGAGGGUAUCAAGUGGUGCAUCCGCGCCAAGGUGUCCUAUGACAACCCGAACAAGGCCAUGAGAGACCCCGUCAUCUACCGGUGCAACAUCGAGGAUGCCCACCACCGGACCGGGACGACAUGGAAGGCGUACCCCAUGUACGACUUUGCCUGCCCCGUCAUCGACAGCCACGAGGGCGUCACCCACGCCUUGCGAUCGACCGAGUACACCGACCGCAACCCCCAGUACCAGUGGUUCAUCGACACGCUCAAGCUGCGCCAGGUCCACAUGUGGGACUUUGCCCGCAUGAACUUUGUCAAGACCUUCCUGUCCAAGCGGAAGCUGGCCAAGCUCGUCGACACCGGCAAGGUCUGGGGCUGGGACGACCCGCGCAUGCCCACCAUCCGUGGCGUGCGCCGGCGGGGGAUGACCGUAGAGGCACUGCGCGACUUUAUCGUCAAGCAGGGCCCCAGCCGGAACGUUACUACGAUGGACUGGACCGUGUUCUGGGCCAACAACAAGAAGGUCAUCGACCCGAUCGCGCCCCGGUUCACGGCCAUCCUGAAGAAGGACGCCGUCAAGGUCACCGUCAAGGGCGCCGACGCCCCAGCCGGCCCCGUGACCGAGAGCAAGCCCAAGCACCCCAAGAACAAGGACAUCGGCAACAAGAACGUCGUCUUCUCGGACGAGCUGCUGCUCGAGCAGGCCGACCUGGCGGCCAUGAAGACCGACGAGGAGAUCACGCUCAUGACGUGGGGCAACGCCUUCGUGCGCAGCACCGACGGCUCGUCGCCCAUCAAGACGGCGACGGUCGAGCUCAACCUGGCCGGCGACGUCAAGAAGACGGAGAAGAAGGUGACGUGGCUGUCGACCAAGGGCACGACGCUCGUGGCCGCCGAGCUGUGGGACUUUGACUACCUCAUCACCAAGGACAAGCUCGAGGAGGACGACAACCUGGAGGACUUCCUCAACCCCGACACGAGCUCGAUGGAGGAGGCGUGGUGCGACGAGAACGUCGCCGCCCUCAGGCGGGACGACAUCGUCCAGCUCGAGAGGAAGGGCUACUACCGCGUCGACAAGGGGCUGGCGGACUACAAGGAGGGCGAGGAGAGGAAGGUGGUGCUGUUCAACAUCCCGACGGGCAAGACGGGCGAGGCGCGGCCCUCCAAGUAG